AUGAGGUAUGAGAAUGAAUGUGAAUGUCAAGUGCUGCUAAAAGAAACGCUUCAGCGGCUUAACAAGGAAGCUGAUGAAGCCUUACUGCGCAAUCUGCACCUUCAGAUUGAGGCCCAGUUUCUGCAGGACGAUAUCAGUGCAGCAAAGGACAGGUACAAAAAGAAUCUUCUGGAAAUUCAGACCUACACCAGCCUCCUGCAGCAGAUCAUCCAAACCACUCCUCAAGCAGCCGCCAUUACAGAUGGGACGAGGGAGGAGAAACUCCUGAUGGAACGAGAGGCCACAGCCCUUCAGAGUCAGCUGGAGGAGGGCCGGGAGGUCCUGUCUCUCCUGCAGGCGCAGAGAGCCGAGCUGCAGGCCCAGACAGCGACCCUGGAACAAGCUAUUAAGGACGCCCAUGAGUGUUACGAUGACGAGAUUCAGCUUUAUAAUGAACAGAUUGAAACCCUGCGGAAGGAGAUUGAAGAGACUGAGAGGAGCCUGGAGAAGUCUUCCUAUGACUGCCGGCAGCUGGUGGUCGCCCAGCAAACCCUGAAGAACGAGCUGCACCGCUAUCAUCGGAUCAUUGAGAACGAAGGCAGCAGGCUGAGCUCCACCCUCUUUGAAGUGCCUGUCACUCUAUUCCCCAUGGGCCGUGGAGCCUCUCUCAGCCCUCGACCCAGCGGGAAAGAUUUUGCCAGAGCUGUGCAGGAUAUAACAACAGCAAAACCAAGACAAAAAGGCCUCCCUAAGACCAUUCCAAGGAAAAAGGAGAUUAUAGCUAAAGACAGAGGAGAUGAAAAUUUGGAAGACACACCGCUGAAAGGCCUGGAAGACACAAAGCUGGUGCAGGUGGUAGUUAAAGAAGGGGAAUCUAAGCUUGAGUCGGGGGGUGAGGAAGCUAGUCCCCCAACCCUAGAAGGAGGUCCAGAGGACAUGCCAGAUGGAGGGCAGAUAAGCAAAGCCUUUGGAAAACUCUGCAAGAUGGUCAAGGAGAAAGUGAGAAGCCCCGAGGAGCCUGAGCCCCCAGUUGACCUCUACCCCAAAGGGCGGUACGUGCUGGUCUCCGGGGAUGCCAGUUACGUGGACCCUGAGUUCUGUUCUGUGUCUAUCCCAGCCAGGGGUGGAGUGGUUGUUUCCACUGAGGACGGCUCUCUGCAUCGGGAUCGUGCUAUGGAGCCCUCUCCUGAGCAGCCCCCACCCCCUCGGGAGAAUGGACAGGGAUAUCCGCAGGGGAGGGAAGGUGUAUACCCACCCAGCCAGCAUACUGCAGGCAAGGAGGAUGAGGGAGAUACCGAAGAACUGAAAGGUCCGGGGGAGAGGCAGGAUGGCCAGAAGGAGGAUGAAGGGCCCAAGAGGCCCUGUCUCGUGGUCACACCUGGUCCACAGGGUCCGGCUGCACCCCCGCCCCAAAGGCCUGGGGCCAGUCAGGGUGGGUCUGAGGGGCAGGGGAAGAGGAGUGGCAGCCUGAAGGCGAGGAGCUCUCCCGGGACCAUGGCUUAUGAGAGGGUGGAAGUGAUGGAAUCCACGGAGAAGUUUUCAACUGAGAGCAUUCAGACAUAUGAAGAAACCGCUGUUAUUGUGGAGACCGUGAUUGGAAAGACAAAGGCAAACAAGAAGAAACUGGGAGACAAGGGCUCUCACAACCUCUAGGCUCUGGAGGAAUGCCCCGGGGCCACUGUAGGGUUGUGCUUUGAUGGGUAGAACAAAUGAUAAAGAGUAGGGGUUCCUGUUUGGAUUAGACUUUAGUUGGCCUGUCUGGCAUUGCCAAGGAAGCCUAAUUAAAAAGGUUUGUUUUGCUUGCA